UAUGGCGAUCUUUUGAUGAUGGCUGAAAAGCUGUCAGGGUGUACUGUACCCCCUAUCAUAAGCUUUAUACGUAACAAAAAAUGAUGGAAUCCUAUUAUAUAGGUGUGGACGUUGGAACAGCUAGCGUCCGUGCCGCUCUGAUUACCCACGAUGGAAGAAUCGUUUCAUCUGCGACGAAGCCAUUGCAAAUCUGGCAGCCUCUAACUGAUUACUACGAGCAGUCAUCAGAGGAUGUAUGGAGAAAUGUAUGCUUAGUUGUUAAGGAGGUUGGUGCCAGUCUUACUGACAUGAGAAUGGUGAAAGGGAUAGGUUUUGAUGCAACAUGUUCCCUGGUGACUUUAGAUUCUUCAGGAGAUCCUGUCACUUGCAGUCCUUCCAAAGAACCUCACAGAAAUAUUAUAAUGUGGCUGGAUCACCGUGCCAUGGAACAGGCUAAAAGAAUCAAUGAUACAAAACAUAAAGUGUUAAAGUAUGUCGGUGGAGCUACCUCACCAGAAAUGGAGAUUCCAAAAAUGCUGUGGCUAAAGGAAAAUUUACCAACAGACUGUUGGGAUAAAUGUGCUCUCUUUUUAGAAUUACCUGAGUUUCUCACUUACAGGGCAACUGGUGAUGAAACAAGGUCCAUGUGCUCUCUUGUGUGUAAAUUUAAUUACAUGGGACAUGGAUCUCAAAUACUGGAAGGUUCAACAAGUGGAUGGAUUGACUCAUUUUUGGAAGCAGUUGGACUCGAAGAUCUUGUAAACACUAAAUAUUCCAAACUGGGGGUAAAAGUUGGUAGCCCCGGGGAACCUGUUGGUAAAGGUUUGACGAAAAAUGCUGCAGCAGAACUAGGAUUAUGGGAAGGAAUGCCUGUGGGUACUUCACUCAUUGAUGCACAUGCUGGGGGCUUGGGUGUCAUUGGAGCUGAUCUAGGUUCACUUCUUACGGAUGAUAAACCAUUGACUUCACGUCUGGCUGUCAUUUGUGGAACAUCAUCAUGUCACAUGGCUAUUAAUGAAAAGCCAGUGUUUGUGCCAGGGGUCUGGGGCCCAUACUUCUCUGCUAUGGUACCAGGCCUGUGGUUGAAUGAAGGAGGCCAAAGUGUGACUGGGAAACUGAUUGAUCAUCUUAUCGAGACACAUGUGGCUUACACAGAGCUGAAAGAAAUAGCUGAAAAGAGCAAUUGUUCCCUGUAUGAGGAACUUAACAGACAUGUGACCACCUUGGCAGAGAAGCGUCAGCUUGAUAACUUGGCAUUAUUGUCACGCAACUUUCACCUGCUUCCAGAUUUCCAUGGAAACCGAUCACCCAUAGGAGAUCCCAAAAUGACAGGAAUGAUUUGUGGUUUAACUCUCACUACUGAUCUAGACAACCUGGCUGUUUUGUAUCUUGCUGCACUUCAGGCCCUUGCACAUGGAACUCGCCAUAUUGUAGAAUGCUUGAACAAAGCAGGACAUUCUAUUGACACUCUGUUCCUCUGUGGUGGCCUCAGUAAGAAUGAAUUGUUCAUCCAAACACAUGCUGAUGUGACAGGUUUUCCUUGUAUUUUACCACGUGAGAGUGAAUCAGUGCUUGUUGGUGCAGCAAUUCUUGGAGCAUGUGCAUCAGGGGAUUUUUCUUCAAUCCAGGAAGCUAUGAAAAGCAUGAAUGCUGCAGGAAGAGUUGUAAAGCCACAAGAAAAUUUGAAAGGGUUUUACAACAAAAAGCACCAAGUUUUUUUACAGAUGUUGAAGAUCCAAAUGGACUUUAGAGAAUUAAUGCAGGAUUAAAGUUUUCAUUGUGCACCUGUGCAAGACUUGUUAACUUUAAAGAAAUGCCCUGAAGACUGAUUUCCUGCAUGAACACCUUCAAUAGGCCACUCAGAAUAUUGAAAUGGCAGAAUAGUGUCAAUAAGUUCGAAAACAAGGGUUAGGUCCUGGACUCAAAAUGCUCAUCAACAAAAUCUUACUCUUA